AUGCAUGAGACACAGAAUUGCAUAAAGCGCGAAAAUCAAUUAUCAGAUAUUGGAAAUGUGCCACGGAAGCAUAGCGUUGUGACGAGAGCGUUAGUUGACCUAAUAGUUGUAUUCAAUCCUGUUAUGGCUGACAUAUUAGACCAGCCAGAUAAUGACAUAGAUUUGUAUGGAGAUGGAGAACUGGAUGGUCACUAUAGCGAACGUGAUGUUCUCGGGGAUGAUGAUGAUGAUCUUACACGGUUAGCAUGUUUUUAUCUCUUUAUCAAAAGUUAG